AUGAUGGCUUUGGCCGGACAUUUGCAAACUGUCGAAGCUGAAAAGCAAAAGUUGAAAGCACAAGUUAGACGACUAUGUCAAGAGAACGCUUGGCUUAGAGAUGAGCUCAAUUCAACACAACAAAAACUUCAGAGUAGUGGACAGGUACUGUGGUUCAGGCAAGUGGCACAGUUGGAAGAGGAGAAGAAACAUUUGGAGUAUAUGAAUUCAAUCAAGAUU